UACGCUGAUGAAGACAGUUUGUCGGUCGGAAAGGUUGGAUAUUUGUCACGGUCGUCCUCUUCAUCUGAAGAGGAGAGGCGAGAUGGAUCGGAGGACCAAAAUGCGGCGUGAAAAAGAAGUGCAGAGUUCGCCUCGGGAUUGGGAGCCGCUGUCCAUCGCCGUUCCCAAUCCCACCCAAACUGACGUCAUUGGAUGCCAGCAUGGUAACUGCGUCAGUUUGGAAAAACCGGGAGAAGAAGAACGUAAAGGAUCACGACCAACUUGAUUCUUCCUUUGUCUCUUCUUUCCAUUUGAAACCGUCUACAACAUCUCUGACGCCCCUCAACCCCUUGUCUGGCCGAACACCAAUCGGCACUCCAUCCCCCUCACCCCCUGGAUCCCCUGCCAGAUCCCCUUCCACUCUCUCCAAGUUCUUCGGCCUCUCUUGCCUCUCCUCUCUCCACAUGUCAUCUCUCUCUUCUUCUUCUUCUUCUUCUUCUUCUUCUUCUUCAGAGGAAGGAUCACAGACCUCCUCCCCUUUUAGUGCAUCUUCUGUUUCCCUGGCUGUCUCAACUCAGUUUUCCUCCUCUGCCACUCCCCCCAGUCCUGCCUGCCCUUCCUCCACAACCCACGUCUCCUCCCCUGCCCCCCUGUCCUCCUCUCCAAACCCCCUGGACCACCAUGGAGAGACCAACAAAGACAGUGAGACUGCCAGAGAUCUUAUGAGCUCUGAGGUCAAAGAGGUGGGAGCAGUUGUUCCAAAGAGAAUGAUACCCCUAUUUGCUGGCAUUGCAGAGGCCUCCAUUGACCUGAAGGCUUCCUCUGUCUCCUUGGAGAGGCCAUUGGUCAGGUCUCGGGAAGCCAUGGCUCGCCUCCCCAACCUGGUCAGCAAGAGUAGCACCCAGCUGGGGGAGCAGAGCUGCACAGACGAGGGCGAAGACAACACCAAGCUCUUCGGGUUGCCUAAUAUUGGCAACACCUGCUUCAUGAACUCUGCUCUGCAGUGCCUGCUGGGGCUGCCAGCAUUUUGCAGAGACAUCCUGAGACAGCAGAACAUCUGGAGUUCCUCCCCCUCCUCUAAACUGCUAUGCUGCUUUGCCAAGUUACAUCAGGCCAGGCUUUCUGGAGGCACUGUUAAUGCUAAGAACAAGGAAAAUAAGAAAAUCCUUCAAACAGUCAAGCGCUGUCUUUCCGUUGUCAAUGAGGACUAUGAGGAAGACUAUGAACAGGAUGCCCAUGAAUGUGUGUUGCUCCUCCUCUUUCAGCUGAAGGAGGAGGGUAUGGCAUUAAAGGGCUCACCAGAGCCAUACACCUGCCCCGUGAAGCAGUUAGAAUUCAAGCUGAAGACUUCCCGUACCUGCACCAGCUGUGGAGUUAUAGUGUAUGGUCAGGAGGAUUAUAAUCACCUGUCACUGAGCCUGAGCCAUUACCUGCCACACAGCCUGGACCUCUACUUUAAGCCAUCUGCGUUAGAGUGUGCAUGCAGGGUGUGCUCAGGCAGCACGGCAUCUGUGACUAGGCACUUCCUCACGCUGCCCCGGGUCCUAAUGCUUCAUAUCAAGCGAUUUACUGCAGGUGACUGGGAGCCAGAGAAGGUGGAUGAUCCCAUGUCCAUCCCUGCAGAAAUAACCCUCCCAGCCGUAUGUGGGAAGACAGCCCAUGUCCAGUAUGGAGCCAGGGCAAGCUCCCUGGGUAGAAACAACAUGGACAACACACCUGCAAACUCCCCGAAAGGCACCCUUGAUAGACCAGCUUCAAAUUCCUCUGACCAGCUAGAGAAACCAGCUGACAGUGAGAAAAAGCAGCAGGCAGCCGCUGUGAGACACCAGCCAGACAAUAUCUACAAAUUGUCAAGUGUGAUCUCACAUCUGGGAGACAGCAUGUAUACAGGCCACUACAUCAGUGAUGUUUUGGACAGCCGUGGCAGUGGGUGGCUCUGCCUGGAUGACGCACAUGUCUUGAGGACAGAUGAGGCCACUGUGCUGAAGGAGAUUGCACAGACUGCCUACAUCCUGUUCUAUGUCUGCAGUGGAGCAGGUGAAGGAGACCAGGCCCCUCACUACCAGGAGAAGGACCAGGAGAACCCAUCAUUAAACUCAGGGAGUGGCACAGCGCUCAGGGACCACCUGGAGUAGCACCUACCACACACCAAGAAACAUCAGAUUAAUCGAAUUAGGCUGCCCUACACCACCAUCAACUGCCUUAGACCACCAUCAAGCUGCCCUAGACCACCAUCAGACUGCCCUACUCCACCAUCAAGCUGCCCUAGACCACCAUC